GAGGGGGGCGGGGGACGGCUGGACGGCGAGGAGCUGCCCGCCCGCAGCCCGCGACCUUCCGCGGGUGCCGCCGCCGCUGCCGCCGGAGGAGGAGGAGGAGGAGGAGGAAGAGCCGGGCGCGGCCCCGGAUCCCGCUGAGGAGCCGCCGCCAUGAACAGCGUGGGAGGCGCCGACGAGAUCGGAAAACUGUUUGUGGGUGGCUUGGACUGGAGUACAACGCAAGAAACUCUUCGUAGCUACUUCUCCCAGUAUGGAGAAGUUGUAGACUGUGUAAUAAUGAAAGACAAAACGACAAACCAGUCUCGAGGAUUUGGAUUUGUCAAAUUUAAAGACCCCAACUGUGUUGGAACAGUACUGGCCAGUAGACCUCAUACGUUAGAUGGCCGAAAUAUUGAUCCAAAGCCAUGUACACCUAGGGGAAUGCAACCAGAAAGGACACGGCCGAAGGAAGGAUGGCAGAAAGGAUCCAGGAGUGAUAACAAUAAAUCAAAUAAAAUUUUUGUUGGUGGAAUUCCUCAUAACUGUGGUGAGACUGAGCUCAGGGAAUACUUCAAGAAAUUCGGAGUGGUCACUGAAGUUGUAAUGAUCUAUGACGCAGAGAAACAGAGGCCCCGAGGUUUUGGAUUUAUUACUUUCGAGGACGAACAAUCAGUGGACCAGGCUGUCAACAUGCAUUUUCACGACAUCAUGGGCAAAAAAGUGGAGGUGAAACGUGCAGAACCUCGUGAUAGCAAAAGCCAAACUCCAGGGCCACCAGGUGCCAGUCAGUGGGGAAGCAGGAUCAUGCCAAGUGCUGCCAAUGGCUGGGCAGGUCAGCCCCCUCCUACCUGGCAGCAAGGAUAUGGCCCUCAAGGGAUGUGGGUGCCAGCUGGACAGGCAAUUGGUGGAUAUGGACCACCUCCUCCAGGAAGAGGAGCUCCACCACCGCCACCACCAUUUACCUCAUACAUAGUCUCUACACCUCCUGGAGGAUUCCCACCUCCACAAGGAUUUCCACAGGGCUAUGGCACCCCUCCACCAUUUAGUUUUGGUUACGGUGCUCCACCUCCUCCACCUGACCAGUUUGCCCCACCUGGAGUACCCCCACCACCUGCCACUCCAGGGGCAACACCACUAGCUUUUCCACCACCACCACCACCAUCUCAGGCAACUCAGGACAUGAGCAAACCCCCAACUGCUCAGCCAGAAUUCCCUUAUAGUCAGUUUGGAUAUGGACAAGACUUGAGUGGUUUUGGACAAGGUUUCUCUGAUCCCAGCCAGCAACCCCCUCCCUAUGGAGGCCCCUCGGUGCAACCAUCAAGUGGCCCACCUGCAGGAGGAAGUGGUUUUGGACGAGGACAGAACCAUAAUGUGCAAGGAUUUCACCCCUACAGGCGCUAGCAUGUGCUGGCAAUCAGGGAAUUCUGUCCACAUGGGGAUAUCUGGUACCAGCUGAACCCAGGAAUCCCAGACUUCUGAACUUGUGACAAUCACAUACUUGAUGGAAGAAAAACCUAACAACAUUUUUUUGGGGGGUGGGGGAGAUGGCUUCUGAAGGCAAAGCUGUGGGUGUUUGGACUGCAGUUUUUAAAUAUUUUCCUUUCUCUAACCCAUCAGCACAAAUAAAGAAAAUGUCACUGGUUCAAACUA